CAUGAAUUGACUGUCAACAUGCAAGAUGGCCACGCAUCACAGGCAAAAUGCUGCUGGGCGGAGGAAAGUACAGGUGUCCUACGUCAUUAGAGAUGAGGUGGAGAAGUACAAUCGAAAUGGGGUAAACGCACUCCAGCUAGACCCUGCCCUGAACCGACUCUUCACUGCUGGGAGGGAUUCUAUCAUCCGGAUAUGGAGCGUCUACCAGCACAAACAGGACCCGUACAUUGCAUCUAUGGAGCAUCAUACAGACUGGGUUAAUGACAUAGUCCUCUGUUGCAAUGGCAAAACAUUGAUAUCUGCCUCAUCAGAUACAACAGUCAAAGUGUGGAACGCGCAUAAAGGAUUUUGUAUGUCGACGUUACGAACACACAAGGACUACGUGAAAGCUUUGGCUUACGCUAAAGACAAGGAGCUCGUGGCAUCCGCUGGCCUGGAUCGACAAAUCUUUCUUUGGGAUGUGAACACACUAACCGCUCUCACUGCUUCCAACAACACUGUCACCACUUCAUCACUGAGUGGGAACAAAGACUCGAUCUACAGUCUGGCAAUGAACCAGAUGGGCACAGUUAUUGUUUCGGGAUCCACUGAAAAAGUUCUGAGAGUCUGGGAUCCUCGAACAUGCGCAAAACUGAUGAAACUAAAAGGCCACACAGAUAACGUAAAGUCACUGCUCCUGAAUCGAGAUGGCACUCAGUGCCUGUCGGGCAGCUCAGAUGGGACCAUUCGCCUUUGGUCGCUUGGCCAACAGAGGUGUAUCGCCACCUACCGGGUGCAUGACGAAGGGGUGUGGGCCUUGCAGGUCAAUGAGGCCUUUACGCAUGUAUAUUCUGGAGGUAGAGACAAAAAGAUCUACUGUACCGACCUGCGUAAUCCAGACAUCCGUGUACUCAUCUGUGAGGAAAAGGCCCCGGUGCUCAAAAUGGAACUGGACAGAUCUGCUGACCCACCUCCAGCAAUCUGGGUUUCCACUACCAAGUCAUCCGUUAAUAAAUGGUCUCUAAAGGGAAUGCACAACUUCAGGUCAUCAGGGGAGUAUGACAAUGACUGCAGUACCCCUCUGACUCCACUGUGUACUCAGCCAGAACAAGUCAUUAAGGGAGGUGCCAGUAUUAUACAGUGCCACAUUCUGAAUGACAAAAGACAUAUACUCACCAAAGACACCAACAACAACGUGGCAUUUUGGGAUGUCCUAAAGGCUUGCAAGGGUGAAGACUUGGGGAAAGUGGAAUUUGAUGAAGAGAUUAAAAAGCGCUUCAAGAUGGUCUAUGUGCCAAACUGGUUCUCCGUUGAUCUAAAAACUGGGAUGCUCACCAUCACUUUGGAUGAGAGUGACUGCUUUGCUGCCUGGGUGUCUGCAAAAGACGCAGGGUUUUCAAGUUCUGAUGGAUCUGACCCAAAGUUGAACCUGGGUGGACUGUUGCUCCAGGCUCUGCUGGAGUUCUGGCCCAGAACUCGGAUCAAUCCCAUGGACGAGGAAGAGAACGAGGUGAACCACGUGAACGGAGAGCAGGAGAACAGAGUCCAGAAAGGAAAUGGAUACUUCCAGGUUCCACCGCACACGCCGGUCAUCUUCGGAGAAGCAGGAGGCAGAACUCUUUUUAGGUUGUUAUGUAGAGAUUCAGGUGGAGAGACUGAAUCCAUGCUGCUGAAUGAGACUGUCCCACAGUGGGUUAUUGAUAUAACUGUAGAUAAAAAUAUGCCCAAGUUCAACAAAAUCCCAUUCUACCUCCAGCCCCACUCUUCCUCCGGUGCAAAAACUCUAAAAAAGGACCGUCUCUCGGCCAGUGACAUGCUCCAGGUGAGGAAGGUGAUGGAGCAUGUUUACGAGAAGAUCAUCAACCUGGACAACGAGUCGCAGACCACCAGCUCCUCGGCCAACGAUAAACCCGGGGAGCAGGAAAAGGAGGAGGACAUGGCCAUGCUUGCUGAAGAGAAGAUUGAGCUAAUGUGUCAAGACCAGGUUCUGGACCCCAACAUGGACCUGCGAACAGUUAAACAUUUUAUCUGGAAGAGUGGAGGGGACUUGACACUUCACUAUAGGCAGAAAUCCACGUGAAAGUCGUCGUUUUUACAACCAGAACUCUGUCAUUUGCCAAUCACUACUCACCUCUGACAUGUAGUUCCCUAAAACCCCAUUGUGUGGUCAAGAGUUGCAGUAUCAAUGAGAAUCCAGUAAAUUUGUGAGGACACGAUUCAUGGUGUAUCAUAGGGAAGUGACCACAGCAGGCCAGUGCAGCCAGCACAGUCCAGGGAGAAAAAGUGGCCCAUACUGGUUCUUUUUAAGUUUGAGGAAUGGACUGGUUUUCAAGAUUUCACCAUUUUUAUUUUUAUUUUUUUUUUUAAAUUGGAUCUUUGACUUUUUUUUUCUUUCUCCUGAUUGGCACUUAUUUUAAGGCGACUGAAGUUCAGUCUGUAUUUGUGUCUGAGUGUGUGUAUGCACAUGGAUGUAGUAGACUGUUCUGCUCUAGUACAUUCCAGAAACUGUCUUCGUUCUGCAAACACUGUACCCGUCUCAACAGAAUCGCCAGUGUAGGAGUCCAGCUGGUCUCUGGGUAGCGUCACAGUCCCCAAAAGCAAUCCUCAUCCGCUCCGUUGUCGACGUCGACCAUCUUAACUUGAACUUACCCAUGACUCUGACAUGAGUAUUGCAGAGCUUGAACCUCACUGACAGAAACGUUAGUCUUUUUUCUUGUUUUGUUUUUUUUAGCUGUGCUGUUCUCCAUUGAAUGAAUGUGCUGUUUGUAAAUAUAUGUGUAACAUUUUUGAUUUAAAUGACUUACUUUUGGAUUUGCUCUUUUUUUUUUGUUUGUUUGUUUUGUUUUUGUACAGUUUCCUUACAAACCAAGUUCAUGGUCAUGAAGAUGAUUUGACUUGGAUGUUAAGAAUUGCAUUAGUUGUAUUCACUGCAAGUACAAUAUUGCAGGUUAUUCAGAAAAAUGUUAGUUGUUAAAGUCAUCUUAGCAACUGGAAAAUGUAUAAGGUAUAUAUCUUACACAAUAACUCAUGCUUACAUGCUGUGUUUGGCUCACAAGUGAUGACUUUAAUGGCAGUGAGGGUUGUUCCUAGUGUAUAUUUCAUUUAGAUUUAAGAAGCGUAAUUAUGACUUAAAGGGGAAUCUCACCCAAGAAAGAGUUUCUAAACAUCCAACCACUGUGGGAAAUUCACCAAAGUGAAAUAAAUGCUAACACCUACGUCUCUCGGCGUGUAACCGAGCAGAACAGCAGAUCUUCUCACUGUACGUUUUCUGGAGUUAAUUUUGCCACGAUGAUUGUCUAUAACGCCAUAACGGAGGACGCAGAGUGAGCUCUUAAUUGGCCAAAAACAGGAUGCGUACAAAGAUUAGGCCAUAACACUGCAAUAUUCUUUGUUGUAAUAAUUUGUGAAAUAUGUAUAUUUUAAGCAUUCAAAGAAAUAAAUUGGAAUGGUUUAACAAUGGCAGAUCUAUGGGGAUGAUAAAUGGAUGUUUCUUGAUCUGUAAUGUGUUGAUCUGAUGAGCAGGAAAUAAAAACAAGGGACACUUUU